ACUCAUGUGCAUACUUUGCUGGUAACCGGAAAGUUGUCUGAGAGAGAGUUUCUGAGUGACAGGAAAGUCAGAGAAAUAGUGAAGUAGAAAAAGAAUUGCUAUAAAAACGAGGAUUUAAAAUCAAGUUUUUAGUUAGCUGUAUUUUCAAACAGAAGAUAAAACAAAGUGCAGAUCAAUUAGUUUGAAUCCAGUGAUCCAGAGAGAAAUGGCUUCACAGGGGAUACAUUUGUUGGGCAGUAUUCUUGCCCUGCUUGGCUGGGUGGGCGUCCUUCUCUCCUGCAUCAUACCAAUGUGGCGCGUGACUAGCUUCAUGGGUGCAACCAUUGUUACCUCUGAGAUCAUAUGGGAAGGCAUCUGGAUGAACUGUGUGGUACAAAGUACAGGUCAGAUGCAAUGUGACCCUUAUGACUCCAUGCUGGUUCUCAACUCUGAUCUGAAGGCAGCUCAGGUGCUCACCGUAGCAUCGCUUCUGACUGGCUCACUGGGAAUUAUACUGGCCUUCAUCGGAGGAAAAUAUACUCGCUUUCUGGACUACAGUAGUGGAGCUGCAAAAGAUAGAGUUGCCACUGCUGCUGGCGUGACACUGAUCAUUAGUGCCCUGCUCUGUCUGAUUCCUGUCACAUGGGCUGCGGUUGCUGUGAUCCAGAUCUUUUACAACCCACAGAUAAUUGACGCCCAGCGCAGAGAGAUUGGUGCAGCUAUCUACAUUGGCUGGGGCGCAUCCAUCCUUCUCUUACUGGGUGGUGGUAUGCUCUGUAGCACAUCCUGUUCGCAGAAGGCAGAAGAUGACAGUCCUUUAGUCAACUACAGGUUUGUACGUUCAUCUGGAGCUGGAUCUAGCAUCAGAAGUUCACGGCACAUCCGGCUCCACAGCCCAAGCCAGAAUAGAAAGAUACUGGUGAGGUCUGAUGGUGCUUCAGUCAAUCAUCAGCAGCAGCAACAGCACAAAACAACCUCUGAAGGAUCCAAGAAGAGCAAGACAUCGACUACAAAAUCGGAAGAGCCCAUGAUCGAGCCUGAGCGAAGUGAUGGGCCGUCUACAAAGUCCCAGCUGAAUCACCUAGGCUCUGACCACAGCCUGGGCUCUUCUGAAAGUGAAGUCGCUUCCUCAUGUCCUGAGAAGACCUACAUCUGAUCUGGAAAGUCCCCACAACAGCAUCAUAUGAUGCAUCACAUACAUAUUCAGAAUCAAAAAAGGAUUUUAAUGAAGGAAUAAUCACAAAAUUGGACAUUCUGAUAAAGCAUAGUGUAUUGAUUUGUACCAUAGAUGAUGCUUCAAAAGUCUUCACUGGUACCUCAGGGUGUACUGAUUUAUCUUGUUAUAGAUAGAUAGAUAGA